UAUAUAUGAUAAAGACACAAACAGUCCUGUCUUUCUAUGUAAAAACAUGAAAUACAGAAAAUUCGUGCUGAAUCCAGAGAAUGUUCUUAUGUGAUCAUUUGCAGCUGUUUGCUCUUGUAAACAUCUUGUCAGGAUUAUAGCAGUUAAACUGGAUGUAGCCUACAUUUAGAGUAAAAACAUAAGAAUAUCAAGGUGAAUGUGGUCAGAACAGAGACUUAUGAGGAGCUACAAACUGUGAAGGACAGAAAGUUUGAUCAUCUUAAAUAAGUACAACUUAUGAAAAUGUAUAGAACAGUUACAUUUGUUGAGUCCCGCUAUGGGUAGAGAUCAUUCAUUUGCGCUGAGAUCGAUUUCUGGGUCACAAACCAGAGGAAUGAGGAGCGAGGAAUCGAAGCUGAGACCACAACAACCGCAUGCUGUGUAAAAUAAUUACUCAUGAAUACAAAAGUUCCCAAUCAAAUGGUAGAAAAGUCUUAUUUUGUACUUCUUUGACAAGAAAAAUAAUUUGAAUGUAAAUCAAUGAAAUUACUUAUCACCAGAUGAUGUAUAGAAUACUCACUAUGAGCAGCUACAAAUGUAUGCCUGUCACUCCAUCCCUCUACUGUAGAUCACCUCUCGGGUGUUUUUUGGGGAGCCAGGUCCUUGGUUCAAUAAGAUGCAGAUGGACGGGGACAAGACGACCAUCUUCCACGAUAUCGAUGGCUCGGUCAGUGAGUAUCCCGGAGCCUUCCUUGUUAAACAGGACAACUGGCUGCUCCGUCACCCCGACUGCAUUGACGUGCCCGACUGGAAGGCUGCUAUCUGCAGCGGCCACUAUGCACAGAUCUACGUCCAGACACGUAACCCUGCCAACCUGAACAUGCUCAUGGUGAGGGAUGAGUACCCUGAUCGGCCCCUGACGCUGGAGGGCGCACUGGGAAAGAAGAAACACUACCAGCAGUUCCAACCGGUGAUCACACUGGCCAAAGGCUACACCAUCCACUGGGACCAGGCAGCGCCCGCUGAGGUCAUCAUCUGGCUGAUCAACUUCAAUAAAAAUGACUGGAUCAACGUGGGCCUCUGCUACCCACAAGGCACCACUUUCACCGUCAUCUCCGAUAUCCACAACCGCCUGACCAAGCAGACCCGCAAGUCGGGCGUCUUCAUGAGGACAACAGCGAGGGAGAAGAUCAACCACUCCCAUCUGGCGAGAGGAUACUACUACUGGGAGGAAGACACUGGCCUGCUCUUCUUGAAGGUCAAGGCCCAUAACGACAGGGAACAGUUUGCCUUCUGCUCUGUCAAGGGUUGUGAGAGGGUGAAGAUCACAGCCGUCGUCCCUAAAGGCAGUUUACCCAGCAACUGCAUGGUCCAGGCCUACCCCAAACACGCUGAGCUGCCCGUUGUGGAUGUACCCAUGCCCAGAAAGAUAACUAAUGUCAGGCUGCACUCAACAGAACACUUCUUAGAGGUCAAACUGGAGUCCUACAACACUCGAUUUUUCCACAUCAAAGAGGACUUUGCCUUUACUGAGGUGAACGGCAGGAAGUUGUACCAACCAGAAGAUGGGGUGCAGCUGACAGUUAUUGACGGACAUGAUGGGAAGGUGGUAGAAAACAAAGGCUUCAGGAACUCCAUCUUACAGGGCAUCCCAGCACAGAUAGACAACUACGUCAGUGGACUGACAGAUGGUUCAAUCGUCCUCAUUACGUCUAAGGGCCGUUUGGUUACCAGAGGACCCUGGACUAAAGUCUUGGAAAGACUUGGAGCAGACAAAAGCAUCAAAUUGAAAGGUGUCUACCUAUAUCUGUAGCUAUUAAUUCGAAGCUUCAUUCAUAAUGUUGACAUUCAAAUUCUAAAUCAAAAUUCAAAUGCUGCACAGGUUUGUUUAUCUGCAUGUCUAUUUAUUG